AUGCGUGAAAUUGUUCAUCUUCAAACCGGCCAAUGCGGUAACCAAGUUGGUGCUGCCUUUUGGCAAACCAUCUCCGGCGAACACGGUCUCGAUGAGUCCGGCAUGUACAAUGGCACGUCCGAUCAGCAGCUGGAGCGGAUGAAUGUCUAUUUCAACGAGGUCGGCAACUCGAAAUAUGUCCCUCGAGCGGUCCUCGUCGACUUGGAACCGGGAACAAUGGACGCCAUUCGCUCCGGCCCCACGUCCAGCGCGGGCAACAACUGGGCAAAGGGUCAUUACACGGAAGGCGCAGAGCUGGUGGAUCAAGUCAUUGAUGUUGUUCGCCGUGAGGCGGAGAGCUAUCACCCAUUCUCUGGGCGGCGGAACGGGAGCUGGCAUGGCACGCUUCUCAUCUCCAAGAUACGGGAGGAAUUCCCUGAUCGGAUGAUGGCAACAUUCUCGGUCCUGCCAUCCCCAAAGGUCUCUGAUACCGUGGUGGAGCCGUACAAUGCGACUCUUUCAAUCCACCAGCUGGUCGAGCACGCAGAUGAGACGUUUUGCAUCGACAAUGAGGCGCUCUAUGAUAUCUGUACACGGACGCUGAAGCUGUCUUCCCCUUCGUACGGCGAUCUCAACCAUCUCGUUUCGACGGUCAUGUCCGGCAUCACUGCCAGUUUUCGGUUCCCGGGACAGCUGAAUUCCGACCUUCGGAAGCUGGCGGUUAAUAUGGUUCCCUUUCCCAGGCUGCAUUUCUUCAUGGUGGGCUUUGCUCCAUUGACCAGUCGAGGAGCCCAGUCCUUCCGCGCAAUGAGUGUUCCAGAACUCACGCAGCAGAUGUUUGAUUCCAAGAAUAUGAUGACCGCUUGCAACUUUCAAAAUGGCCGCUUUCUGACCUGCUCUGCCCUUUUCCGCGGCAAGGUCUCCAUGAAAGAAGUCGAUGAUCAAAUGCUCAAUAUCCAUACCAAGAAUUCCGGUUACUUUGUGGAAUGGAUCCCGAAUAAUGUUCAAACAGCCCUCUGCUCCGUGCCUCCAAAGGGCCUGAAAAUGUCGGCCACUUUUGUGGGCAAUUCCACGUCCGUCCAGGAGCUCUUCCAGCGCGUGGCGACCCAGUUCACGGCCAUGUUCCGCCGCAAAGCCUUCUUGCACUGGUAUACCGGCGAGGGAAUGGAUGAGAUGGAAUUCACCGAGGCGGAAAGUAACAUGAAUGACUUGAUGUCCGAAUAUCAACAAUACCAGGACGCCAGUAUCUCCGAUGGAGAGGAGCAACAGUAUGCCGAGGAGGAGGAGGCAUAUGAGGCCGAGGAAUAA